GCAUAGCUCACUCACAUCUCAUCGCCUCUGAUGGUGGAAGUCCUCUCGGGCUGGGAAGGACCAAAGCAAACACACUUUUCCUUGCCUCGGAUUUCAUGUGAGGAGAGCCCGAAGUUAAGGAGGAGACAGUUUUGGACGAGAUGGCUGUCAACAGUUUCUCCAUCGUCCUCCUACUACUGAUCGGCUCUUCCACAUCGCACCCAUCAUCACCUCCUCCACUGGGAUGUAGCGAGCAUGUGGAGCCCCCUUACAGAGUGCUGUGUGACCUGGAGUCAGUGUGGGGUGUCGUUCUGGAGGCAGUGGCGUGCAGCGGGGGCCUCACCUCUCUGAUCGUCGCUGUGCUCCUAUUAGUCAAACUUCGCUCCAUUUCAGACCCGGCCAGACGCUCUGGCGUGGGACCGCUUCUCCUGCUCCUAGGAACACUCCUUGGGAUAUUCCCCAUCUCCCUGGCAUUCCUUGUGGGGAAGAAUCAGGUCCUCUGUGUGGUUCGCAGAGCCUUUUGGGGCCCCCUCUUUGCCCUUUGCUUCUCCAGCUUGCUGGUCCAGGGCCUGAGGCUCAGGAGGCUGGUGGCUGGGAAGACGAGCCCAUCCGGAAGCACGUUGGCUGCACUGGGCCUGGCGCUAGCUUUGGUUCAGGGGAUUAUUUCUGCUGAGUGGGUCCUUCUCACUGUGGUCAGGGAGGGUCACCCGGCCUGUGAGUAUCCCCCUUUGGACUUUGCUCUGACAUGCAGCUACACCUUAGGGCUGCUCCUUAUAGCCAUGGGGCUCUCUCUAGGGGUAGUGCUGUGUGGCGGGGAACUGGUGGGAGAGCCAGCUCAUGACACUGAUGAGGAGAGAGAAGAAGACAGUGACAAAAGCAGAUGGAAGUGUAAUGCAGUGUGGCUCUUCCUGGCAAGUCUGGCAUCAGCGUUACUUUGGGUGGCAUGGCUUGGCUUUUAUCUCUAUGGGAGCCAAGCACUGAGGUUGAGGGGGAAGGUGGGGAGAAAGGCCGAGGACCGUGUGCUGGACGAGCCCGCUCUUGCAGUGGCCCUGGUUAUUCAAGGCUGGAUCCUUUUGCUAUUUCACGGCAUUCCAGAGAGCCACCUGUGUCUCUGGAACCGUUCACAAUGCAGCAGGGAAGAUUUCUUUGACACCAGAGAGACAACUCCUCCUCCACAUUUCAGAGAUGAGCUCCAAGCACACUCUCACCAACCCUUCCAGGAAAACCAGGCCUUUUCUAUGGAGGAGCAUGGUGCAACUCCCCGAAGUGGAAACUACCAGAGCGGUUCUGGCAGCGUUCGCCCUGGCAUCGCCUUCAGAGGUCAUGUCUACCAACCAACUGAAAUGGCUCUCGUUAUGAAUGGCGGCACGAUGCCAACGGCCCCCAUUAACUACACUGGAAGACGACUGUGGUAAAGUGGUAAUGUGACUCGAGUACCUAUGUCACACUCCGUUAUUGCCCGAUGCCUGAACGGGAGUAAUAAUUCAAAAAGACAUAACGUCAUACAAGAUGGACUGACAGUCACUCAAUGCAUUUAAUAUUUCUGCAUACUCUACAUGUUUCAAUUGUGCAUUUCCUAGGCAAAUGCUGUAGGUUUGCAUCACUUAUUCAAAAUGAAAAGACUGUAAGAGACUACAGUUUGAGUCUAUUUUGCUGCUGUAAAUAUCACAUACAGCGCUUCAAUAUUAUCAACACACAGAUGUCUGUAAUAUUUAAAUAAGCUAACAGCAACUGCUUGAGGUGGGCUGAUAAUGUGUGGGGUAGAGGACGAUAUGAACGUUCACCAUAUGAGUUUACAGCAUAGCCUUACAAAAGCUUGCUUUGUCUCUGACUUUUCUCGCCUUUGGGCUCUUCCACAAAAGAGUACUGCAGGACAUGUUAUGAGCCACAUUAUAGAGAGCUUGUGCGUAUUGCCAGAAAUCUUGAACAUGAAUGGAAUAGAAAGAAAGUUUAUGAACUACCUAAAAAGCCAUUUAUCAAUACACUCAAUAGCGAAUGCAAUAGGUCCACCUCCUAACUGUGAUAGCUAAUAUGGACCAAAACAAGAGCUGUACUGAAAGUACUGAGUUUAUUCUCAUGUGCAGUAGUUCAAUACAGGAAACAAAAUAUUAUAAACACAAUUCACUAUGAUGCAGUUUAGUUUUACAAUAUGACCACAAUUAUAUGCAUACUGUUAAAUGAAUAGCUUUGUGACAACUGUGUUAAUUGAAGCCGGACAUUAUUAGCCUCGGAAGAAUUUGUGGUAAAGACCAUCUUUACCAUAAGUUCUUCCUUGGCAUUGGUUCUCAUUAGAUCAGUGAUUCCUCAUGAGGGGGCUUUGGCACCCUAGUGUGCCAUGAGAGCUCAUCGGGGAUGCUGAGGGAAACUAUCCAAGUUCACUAAAUUUGUCUGAAAAUGAUUGUUAAUUACACAAGAUCGUUUUCAUGUAUUGACCUAUACUUACAGGCAGAACAAUUAAAUUCUCUUCUGUGAGAUGGCAGAAUGCACAAUAAACCUGCACAACCACCUGUUGCCAUUCAUAUCAACCAGGGAUGGCCAACCAGUCAGAGAUGCAGAGCCGCAUUUUUUAUCGUGUUAUGGCAAAGAGCCACAUCAUACGCAUCAGUCACUUGAUAUGAUGCAAGCAUUCAUCUCUGGAUGCUUUUUUUUUUUUUUAAUUGCCAUCUGCUUUUCUGUAUGAUUUUCCAAAAUGACUAACUUGUGACUGGGAAGUUUAGUCCCUUUUGGAAAUUCCAGGUCGAUGUUACCGUGGAGUGAGCUCAAGUGAAGAUCUGAAGCUGUGAAACGCGAUAGACGUCUGAGAAAAACGUCCCGUGUUCAUCCACACAUAUUCUUUUAAUUGUGCAUUUUUCCCUUGCCUCCUUUCAUGCGGCUCUUGUGAAAAGGCAGGGUGUGUUCCAACUGCAGGGGGAUCACACUCCUCAGGCUCCCUGGUAAGGUCUAUUCAGGGGUGCUGGAGAGGAGGGUCCAUUGGGAAGUCAAAUCUCAGAUUCAGGAGUAGCAAUGUGGUUGGGGUUAGGGUUAUCUUGUCCGUGGAACAUUGGACCAGCUCUACACCCUCGGCAGGAUCCUAGAGGGUGCAUCAGAGUUCACCCAACCAGUCUACAUGUGUUUUGUGGACUUGGAGAACGUGUUCGACCGUGUCCCUCAGGGAGUCCUGUGGGGGUUUUUUUGGGGGGAGUACGGCGUUCCGAACCCCGUUAUACGGGCUGUUUGGUCCCUGUAAGACCAGUGUCAGGGUUUGGUCCGCAUUGCUGGCAAUAAGUCGGACUCGUUUCCAGUGAGCGUUGGACUCCGCCAAGCUGCCCUUUGUCACCGAUUUUGUUCGUAACUUUUAUGGACAGAAUUUCUAGGUGCAGCGUAGAGGGUGUCCGGUUUGGUGGCAUCAGCAUCGCAUCUCUGCUCUUUGCAGAUGAUGUGGUUCUGUUGGCUUCAUCAAGCCGUGAUCUCCAAAGCUCACUGGAGCAGUUCGCAUCUGAGUGUAAAGCAGCUGGAAUGAGACACAGCACCUCCUAAUCUGAGACCAAGGUCCUCAGUCAGAAAAGGGUGGCAUGCCCUCUCCGGAUUUCCCACUUAGUAAGUCAACUUGUGAGUACACUGAGAUGAUCAUUAUUUCAGUAUUCAUGAGCUUUGUGACAUUUUUGGUUUGGUGGUGUAUUAUGAGAUUUUUAUUAUGUAAAAUGGGUGCCUUGGCUCAAAAAUGGUUGAAAAGUAUGAGUGCAAGGAUACCCAAUGAUCUGACAAAUGAGUGUACAUAUGAAUAUAAGGUUUAAGAUAUCUUGGAGGCUGUAUUUUGCACUUUAUCAGAGAUAAUAUGUUAUCUGUGUGGUAAUAUUUGACAUGUAUUAUCUUGUAAAAGUACAAUAUUUUAAUAUUUUGUCAGUAUGAUUCAUUUUGGGUGUUUUCAAGGAUUUUAAUGUCCAUAUUGAGUGGAGAAAAGACUUUUUAGCCAGCUGCUUAAAAUCCUACCGAUAUUGGAGAACCUGACAAGGAAUAUUGCAUUUUGAUUGGCAUCUGGGCAUCAUUAUGUCCCAAUGAAUAUUAUUUAAUACAACUUGACUGACCAACAAAAUUGUGAUCUGACCACGAUGCUCAACCACCUUUAAUGUUUUCUUUUUUUAUUGUGAUAUGUGAGUGUCACCAGACUAUAUAUAUAUAUGACAGUGUUGCUGGAGUGAAUAAUGCCAAUGUGGUUCUUGGAAAAUUUGAAACUUUUAUUUCUAUCGUGGUCAGUUGAGAUCAAAUGUGAGAAACCCUAAUUUGCAAAUGCAAAUUUUAUAUUACUGUACAAUCUGUGACUCAAAAUAUUCACUCAUGCUAAGGGUGUUCAAAUACAUCAGUAAUAAGACUUCAAGCAGGGAAAAGAAAGACAAUCUAAUCAAGUGCCCCUUUGUGCACCAACUCUGACUUUCUCACUAAUUAAUGAGUUUUCUGCAAUGUUGAUUUUGUGAGUGAAAUUUAUGCUACAAUUUUGUAUCCUGCAAAUAUUAUCUUGACAUUUUACAGUAUGUUCACUAAUGUCCUUCUACAAACGAGUUUAAUCAAGUGUGUUAUAAAUUGUGAAAAGCACUGGUAUUUACCUUUUAAAUUAUUUCAUGGCAAUUGCACUGGCACCAUUUUAUGGUGGUGUAUCAUGAAUGUUUGUAAUGUAAUUUGCACAGA